ACGAUCUUAUCGACCACUCAGUAUCUCUACUUCAACUUAUUGUAAAGCAUAUUAAGAAUAAUGAUUCGAAUUUACACAAUCGCGAUUAUCACUAUCGCACUGAUAUGUAUUAUUGAAAGAGGAAAAGCUCAGGAAGAGAAAUAUGAAGAUAAAUACGACGAUGUUGAUGUUCCAAGCAUUCUCGCGAACGACAGGCUGCGAGAACAAUAUUACAAGUGUUUUAUGGCAGAAGGACCAUGUGUGACAGCAGAUGCAAAGUUCUUCUCUAAGAUCGUCAGCGAGGCUUUUCAAACUCAAUGCAAAAAAUGUACUGAUAAGCAAAAGGUUAUGCUGGACACAUUAAGCGUCUGGUAUACAGAGAAUCAGCCUGAAAAAUGGAAUCGAUUUAUUUUGAAGAGUUUAGAGGAUAUGAAAAAGAAGAAUGCAUAGAAACAGUAAUUCCUGCAAUACCAGUAAUAACUGAAUAAGUGCUAACAAUGCCAAUGUGAGAAGAUAUAUUCACUGAUUAAUCACACUUGUAAAAUUA